GGAGGGAACCGAAGGGAUCGAGGCCUCUGGGUCCUGGAGCAGGCAGGGCCUGGGCAGUGCUGAUGCAGCCGCUUGGGCAGGCAGCGAGGGACUCGCACCCCAUAAAGGCUGCGGAGGGCCAGGGUGGUCCCUCUGCAGGGACACGGGGGGAUGUUUCACUGCAUCCCCUGCCAGGCCCUAGGGCACAGUGGGGACGGGAGGACAGGGGGAGCACAGCACGACCCUGGCUCCCCACCUACCCUGUCCCCCGGGAUGCCCAUGGGCAUUUUCCCCCCCUGCCUGGGGGGCACCCACCGUCCCUCUGCCCUCUGUUCCCAAAGGAGCCUUGGAGAGGAGCGGGGGAACCCCGCGGUGGGCAAAGAGACGCGUCUGAGAGUGGUGCUGAGGUAAGGGGGGGACACAAAGGGCUUGGGGACACAUCGGGGACCCUCCUGCCCAGGGCACGGGCACAGCGGGGGUCCCCACGGACCCAUCCACCCCACACACACACCAUCAGGGUCCGGCCACUGACCUGCUCGGAGACGCGGCGAGGGGACCGGCGGGUUGUGCACAGCCUCGGCGACGGCACCGUCCAUGUGAGUGCAGCCCGGCAAGACGCCACCUUCGGGUUCAGCGCCGUGUUUGACGCCGGCGACUCGCAGGAGGCUGUGUUCGAAGGCAGUGGGAUGAGGCAGUUGGUGGAGCUGGCGAUGGAUGGCUUCUCCUGCACGGUCUUUGCCUUCGGGCAGACGGGCUCCGGGAAGACCUACACCCUGAUGGGCCCCCUCGGCCAGGGUGAGACCCACGCAGCAUCCCCGGCCCUGCUGGGGCUGAUGCAGAGGUCCUUCGCCUGCCUCCUGGAGCAGAGCCGGAGCCGUGGCUCUGACCUGGCUCUCAGUGCCUCCUACCUGGAGAUAUACAAUGAACAGAUCCGGGACCUGCUGAGCCCAGGGCCUCCAUGCACCCUGCCCCUGCGGUGGAGCAAAACCCGUGGUUUCUAUGUGGAAAAUCAGCUCAGUGUGGACUUCGAGAGCCUGGAGGCCAUUGCCAGCCUGCUCCUGCAAGGAUCCCAGAGGAGAAGGACCUCAGCACAUGCCCUCAACAGGCACUCGAGCCGCAGCCACGCUCUUCUGACCAUCCACAUCCGCAGCCGGAACGCCAGCACCCUCCCCAGCAGGCAGGGCACCCUGUGCUUCGUGGACCUGGCCGGCAGCGAGCGGGUGAAGGAGACGGGCUCCAGCGGGGAGCUCUGUGUGGAGGCCAACAACAUCAACCGCAGCCUCCUGGCACUGGGACACUGCAUCUCUAUGUUGGCCAAACCCCGCGGGAAGCGGACGCACGUUCCCUACCGGGACAGCAAACUCACCCGGCUGCUGGCUCGAUCCCUGGGCGGCUCCGGGGUCACCCUGAUGGUCGCCUGCAUCUCCCCAUCCUCACGCUGCCUCUCAGAGACACUGAGCACGCUGCACUACGCCAGCCGGGCACGCAGGGUCACCACCAGGCCCCUGGCCAACAGGGUAUCCCGGGAGAAGGUGCUGCAAAGCUUGGAGGAAGAAAUCCAUGCCCUGCAGCUGGAAAACCUCUCCCUGCGCCAGCAGCUGGGCCUGCCCAGGGUGCCCAUGAGGAGCAUGGAGGUCCUGGGAACCCCAACGAGGAUGGGGGCUUGGCCAGGCUUGGGAGGCAGGUUUGCCCCCACAGGGCUGCAUCAGUCCCCUCUGGAAGGGCAGCUCCCAUCGGAGGGAGCCCCAGCCUGGCCCAGCCUCUACGGCCUCCUGAGGGACUUCGUGGUGGAGAAUGAGCAGCAAAGGCAGCCCCGGCUGUCCGCAGACCCCAGUGGUGAUGUCCCAUCCUGCAGAGCCACCCGCAGCUCCUGUGACACCCAGCCCCUGCUGCAGAGCGCCUGCACCCCUCAUGUCCCUCCUGGCCACCCCAUGAGGCCCCGGCUGCCGGCACUGCCAGGGCUCCCCACACUGCAGCCAGUGGCCCCCGAAGGAGGCACCAGUGCUCUGCCACCAGGCCAGGAGGACGCGGCUCUGCCCAGUUCCCAUCAGGCUCCCGGGAACCCCCAGCCACCCCAGGGGAAGCGGAGCCGGGGCAGGAGCAGGAGCUUUUCCUACCGGCACCCGCUGCCCCGGGAGCUGCCAGGCCCCGAGCGCUGUCCCAGCCCCGAGGGAAGGGUCAUCCCUUCGGCACCGCCGUGGCCGGGAUUGCCGGAGCCCAGAGCCGCUGGCACCAUCCCUCUCCUCCAGUUGGAAGAGGCACUGGACUGGCUGGUGGAGCAGAUCUGAGCAGCACAGACACGGACAGGGCUGGCAGCAGGGAUCUGGCACAGCCAACAGGCAGUUAUUAGACACGGGAGGACAACCACAGCCUUCAGGGACAAGGACCGCACAGACCACUGGAUGGAGGAAUGGAUGGAGGGAUGGAUGGAUGGAG